UCUCAGGAAUCCACCGAUAUGGGCAAUUGGCAGUCAUCGCAAAUGUCACGUGAAGCUUCUCAACCUGAGUCUUCGAAACUCGAUUGUCCAUAUCAACCGGUUAAAGAGCAUUCUGUUGGCAUAAAAGAAAUGGAUUCAGUUAAAUCUGUAAUUUCGGAAUGUCCUAGGUAUCAAAAUAAGACGAAGAGUGGAGAGGAUGGAUGUACUUCAGAGUCGAAAUUCAAUGAGUUAAAUGCUAUGCCUCCUCCUAAUCAAAAACCUUCUCCUGGCCAACCGUUUUCAUUAAGUACCGAACGACAACGGUCAACGAUUCCGAAAGCUACUGAAGAUGGUUAUUGGGAAUAUCCAUCAGAACAAAUGUUUUGGAAUGCUAUGCUAAGAAAAGGAUGGCAAUGGAAGGAUGAUCAGAUUAGUGCAAAGGAUAUGAAUAAAAUUAUCAAAAUCCAUAAUGCUAAUAACGAGGAAGUAUGGCGUGAAAUCUUAAAGUGGGAAAUGCUUCUACAUCCUGAAUGCAGCUGUCCGAAGUUGAAAAAUUUCCAUGGCAAUGCUCAAAAGAUUUCUCCACGAGCUCGAGUGAGACAGUUACUGGGAUACGAUUUACCGUUUGAUCGGCAUGAUUGGACAGUAGAUCGAUGUGGACAAAAAGAUGUUCAUUAUAUAAUCGAUUUUUACGAUGGUGGUGCCGUUGAUCCAAAGUCAAAAUUAUUCACUAUAUUAGAUGUUCGGCCAGCAUUAACGGAUUUGGGGAAUGUUUGGGAUCGGAUGGUUGUUGCUUAUUGGCGUUUCAAAUUUGAAACACUGGGCAUUACUCCGAAGUUGCCCUUAUAUGAGAAAAAACAGAAUCCAUAAUAAUUCAAUUUGGAUACAUUUCUAAACUAGAACGUUUCUCAACGUUUUAAAGUUCUAAACUUUUAUCACAUUUAUCCAAGGCAAAGAUUUUGUUUUGAUGAAUUAUUAGUAAAUUUUGUUGGAAUUCGAGCUGUUAAGUUUUGUCCAGUUAUGAGGCAUUAUAAGAAUUUUUUAAAUCCAGAACAGUUGAUACGAGGCUGAAAAGUUUCUUCCUUAUAUGUAAGGGUAAUUAUGAUCUUUAUUGAUUGUACUAGUCUUUUCUAUUAAAUGGAUUGAUAUAAUUAAUUCUAGUAAUGUACUGUGUAUGAUGAACAACAGAGUGAGUAGUGUGACAGAAAUUAUCGCAUGGCAGAGAUUGAGAAAUGCCUUAAAGUAGGUAUUGUUUAAAGAAGUGCGUCUUAUUUAAAGCGAGUACUUUUUGAUUAUUCAGUUGGUAUUUUAUAAUAAGUUAGUUGACAUGUGUAUUAUAUAUCUUUGUAAAACUAAGUCUUUAUCUGUCUAUCAUUUACCUCAUUAUUCUUUCCAGGCACAAAAGUCAAUACUAACAUACUUCGCUGUUAAUUUAGGAUAAUUCAAGUUCAAACAUGUUUCCAUAAACUUAAUAUGAUGCGGCCUAACCAUCCUAGUCC